GGCAGGCACAGGCACUCACAGAGCAGGCUCCUAAAAUAAAGGUCCUCCAAAUAAAUAAAUAAAUGCUGGAGAGGAAAAAAAACGCAAAUCCAAAAGCUGAUUGGUUGUUCCAGACGUCUCAUUUCAUGGAUGUAACUGCUGCAGACUCCUCCUAUCUUUUCACUGCCAUAGAAGAAAAUAGAGAAAAAAGCAAAACAUUUUUACAGUGCUCAGGAAAUGGGAAGACUUCUGUGCUCCUUAACAUCAUGCAAAGCUUCAUCAUCUUCCAAUGUCUUGUAUUUUCCAGCCUAAAGUGUUGAAGAGUUACUGACUUUGUGUAUUUUUUUUUUAUUUUGCAUUUUUAUUUUUUUGUAUUUUUGUUUGCAUUCAGUUGCAAAAAUAUAUUUUUUAUGAUAUUUUUUUAAGACGAUAUUUAACUUAUAGGUGCCUGGUUCUUGCUUUUGUUUUUUUUAUUGCACGCAUCCUCUGCUUCCUAUUGGUUUGCAUAGAGCUAGAGGAGAUGGCACGACCAACAACCCAGCUGGCUGGUAGUGAGAAGCUACAGGGCCAGCAGCUGCAUCCUUCCCCACCUACUGGGGUAUCUGGGACGGGGAUGGUGAGUCUGAAAAGCCUGCUUCAAGGGCCCAUAAAGGGACAGGAUCGCAGGACAAAGGAACUAGCUUCCUUAAUGAAGGACAAGGAAAGAAAACUGGAAGAUGAAAUGGUUGGACCUCGGCCUUCUCACUGUGCUUUUCUUGGAUCUCUCCUAUGGGAGCGCACAUUACCAUACAACGAGAUUGAGUAUGUUGACCUAGAUGAGUUCCUUUUGGAGAAUGGUCUACCGCCAAGCCCACCUCACCAGUCCUUCUCACCAGCUAAUCUAACACCACCUCCAUCCAAUCAGUCGGUGGUGGAUCUCAGCCGACCAGCUUCCUGCGCCUCUUCCACUUCUGCUUGUUCCUCUCCAGAGCAAAGCAUGAUGGGUAGUGAAUUUGAACACCCAAGCAGCAAAGCAGGUCAGAUGACUCCCGUCUCCAGAGAUAGCCCAAGUCCUGUUGACCCAGAAGGUGUGGAAGUGAUGAUGAAUUUUGACCCUGAUCCAGCAGACCUUGCCUUGUCUAGUGUGCCAGGACACGAGACCUUUGACCCAAGAAAGCAUCGGUUUUCUGAAGAGGAACUGAAACCUCAGCCUAUUAUGAAAAAAGCAAGAAAAAUCCAGGUUCCAGACGAACAGAAGGAUGAAAAAUACUGGAACAGAAGAUACAAAAAUAACGAAGCAGCCAAACGCUCACGGGAUGCUCGCCGCCUGAAGGAGAACCAGAUCACAGUACGAGCUGCCUUUCUGGAAAAAGAGAAUUCAGUGCUGCGUCAAGAGGUAGCUAAAAUACGUCAAGAACUCUCACGCUACCGAAAUAUACUCUCCAAAUAUGAGUCACAGCAUGGAGCCUUGUAAAGCGCUAGUCAGAUGUGUAGCUGUUGUACGUGGUUGCACGAACUAACACAACUUCACAAGAUUUUCUCCCACAAACCCUUUUUUUGUUUCCCUAUAAAACAGCCCUUGUUCACUGACAAGUUACACAAGAUUUAUAGGGCAAGAGGGACCUACGGAGAGCAGGCUGCUAUACAUCAUUUUUUAUGCCUUUGCUCUCUUCCUCCGUUCAGCAUUCCAUGGAAUAUCCUUUUCCCAUGAGAGAAUACUGCAUAGACUGAUGCAGCGUUUGGAGCAAACAGAUGAAUGAAGAGGAAAAGGGCGCUAAGAGCUGAUUCUGCCAUAUGUACACAAGCACUAUCCAAUGCACACAAUUCUCUGGUAGCAUUUAUAUCUCUAGUUUCUUUUUUGUAUGUUUACAGGAAAGAGGGUGGAGGGUACAACAUGCAGAAUGGCAAACAAAAAGUGAAUGGUGCGGGAUUAAAACAGGCUGAAACCAAACCCCCUGGAAAGGAGCUUUUUAUUUACAAGUGGGGAGCCUUGCUACAACAACAUUGAUAUUCUAAAUGUGUUAUAGUAUGGGGUUAAGUGACCAGUCAUUCUGCUAUGUCCUAAGCAAAGCCAUGGUCGAACAUUUUUUUCUGUAGAAUGUGACGCUGGUCAUUUCCUGGUUUCUUUUUAUUUAGGGGUUUUAACACUAAAUAUGAAAUCUAAAAUCUGAAAUACAAUAGUAUUAAAGGGACAUGGGACACAAACUUUUUCUUUCAUGAUUCAGAUAGAGCAUGUGAUUUUAAACACCUUUCCAGUUUACUUCUCUUCUUUGUUGAAGGAGCAGCUAUGCACUGCUGGGAGGUAGCUGAUCAAAUCUGGUGAACCAAUUACAAGAUUCAUGCACAGUCACUAUUUAGCAGCUAGCUCCCAUUAAUGCGUUGCUGCUUAUGCGCAUAAGUAGGUAUACUUUUCAACUAAGGGAACCAAAAGUAUGAAUCAAAUUAGAUAAUAGAGGUAACAAUUGCUUGCUCUGUCUGAACCAUGACAUUUUGGGUUUUAUGUCCCUUUAAGACAAUAUCAUUCACUUUAGUGUGUGUAACUAGUGAAUACACUGCUUGGUAUUUUAAUGUGUGGUCUUUGUCAGGAAAGGAACACAAGAAAUAUCUAUUUGUGUACAAAUCAAGAGGAGUUGAGUGAGUAGCCGGCUUUACUACUUCAUAUAAGAUUUACACUGACCAUAGGCACCCUCCCCUUUCAGAAGAUCAAAAAAGGCUCUAAAGCAAGACAUAGACAAUAAAUACAUAUUUUAUGCCACUCUGAAUUUAAAGGUCAUAUAAGAAAUGUAAGAUUAUCUCACAUUAUUUAUGUAUAUAUAUAUAUAUAUAUAUAUAUAUACACACACACACAAAACACUACUGUAACACAGAACUCAUUAAUAGCACAAAUUUAAUUUCUUUGUUUCCCAUCAUUUGUUCUUAGUUGGUGAUGUUGCUUUUAUUAUUUGAAUAAUUUCAAAGAAAGAAAGUAUAAACAUAAAUGAGUCGUUCGGAUCUCAUUACACAUUGUGUUGACCAAAUAGGUUGGCAGCAAAGGAGUUAAAGGGAUAUCAAACCCCUUUUGUUUUCAGUAAAAACUGUACUUUUUUCUCAAUACCUACAAAGGAUACAAACAAGAUUCUUUAACCGACAUUGAUGCCAAUUUCCUAAAACAGCUAUUUGAAUUGCAGGUUACAGAAUUAGCAUUUUGUCUGGUAUAGGGACCAUGUAAAAAGCACAUUUUUUUAUACAAAAGCAAGAGGUAUUUAAUGUCCUUAGAAGGCUUUUUAGGCUGAUCUACAGGUUUGAUAUUUGAUUGUAACAGCUCAAAGAUUUAACUUGUACAUCAAAUCACCAACUAAACAAAAACGGCAACAUAAACCUUCAAUUACUCAAUUAUUAUUAUUAUUAUCGGUUAUUUGUAGAGCGCCAACAGAUUCUGCAGCGCUAAUGCAACAAUACAGAGUUAUUACUGAAAAAGAACAUUGUUUUUUCUAAUUGUGCACACUUUUUCACAAACACAGCAGAACAAUACUAUAAGCACAGAACAAAUGGCUUGUUUUUUUCCUCUCUUGUUUAGGGUGUCCAAUAGUUAUGCCCAGUAAUUCUCUCGCACUUUAUAGAGCAAAUUUUGCAAACGGCCAACAUCCAAACAACUUUAAAAAAGGUUUGCUUGCAAAACCAUUACAAAAUCAAUAGAUGUUCUAACUAAUGUUCACCUUAUGUUUUCAAGUAUAAAAAAUAUUUGUAUCUAUUUUCUAAAUAGAAUGUUCCAAAGCAUAUAUAUUAGAGCCCAUAUAUUUUAUGUUUUUAAUAAGUAAUAUAUGAGUACAAAAAAGCACUUUACUUAACCUUUUCCUGUAGAGGGGCCUGCAGUGUAUUUGUGGUUUUGUUUUUAGAUUCCACUUUAAAAAAAUAAUUUUGUAUUUUGUUAAAAAAAAAAAAUUACACCAGUGCUAUUUUUUCCUUUGUGUAGUCAUGUUGUGUGGUACAUUUUAAAUUCAAUAUAAAUGCAAUAAAUGAAACCACAGAAGUAUAUUUCAGGCUUCUCAAACAGUGUUAGGGUUAACAGAUUAUCUGAGACUGCUUGUUUACGGGUUUAAAAAAAAAAUCUCAGUAAAAGUUUAGAUAUUAUAACGUUUAGCAAUGCAAAAUGUUCAAUGUAUUGCAAUAAAAAUGGCUAAAGUUGUAUAUAGAUACCUUAUUGAAAUUAUCCCCAUGUGUAUUAGCCAUAGGGAAGAAAAUAAUAUAUUUGAGGAAGGGGGUUGAAUUUGCUGCCCCAAGCUUUGUUAAUAAACAUCUCAUAGCUAUCAAUAAUGUAAAAAAGACAGUCAGAUGUCACCUUGUCUGAUUCACACAAAGUUUUGGUCACAGUAGUAUAUGUUUAACUCUAUCUUCACCUUUUUAUUUCUUUUUCCCUUUUCUAAUGCAAUUUGUGUUUUUGUUUAUCUUUGUCUCGUCUUUUGGAAGCAGGAAAAGAUGUGGUUAGUUUUGUAGAUGCCAUAUGAUGCUAAUAUUGUACAAUUAGCAGUACAGUACAAGACUUUACACAAAUUACUGGACAGGAUAAUUAAUACAUCUAUAGUUUAUUUAUUCCAUAUUCCCAAAAUGGUACCUUAAUUCCUUCACUGCCACUAAGUUUUAUUUCUUUUAUAGGAGUAUUACAUCUUCCAUAUAAAAGUUACAUACAUGCAUGCUUGAUUGAUAUUUAUUUGGUAUGAAGAACAGAAUGUUUAAUACAAGUUUAACUAUUUUUGGGUGUUCGCAGUUACAAGUUAAAACCAAUGGUCUUUAUCCGUUUUAAAGCAUGCCCUGUUUUUUUUUUUACCCAGCACCUAAACUGUCAGCAAGUGAACUGAAUGACUGUAACAAGUUAGGAAUUUGCACUAGUUUAUAAUGGAUACUGUAUUUCUGUGUUUAUAUAACAUUUUAUUGAUUACACUUUUUUAAAAGCCCCAACAUUUUAUAGAUAAGUUCUAUAUUCUUAGAAGUUUCAGAUGUGUUUGUUGGUGCUUUGAAAGUUGGUAAAUGCUUCAUCCAAACAGAUUAACUUUUUCUUGCAUGUGGCACUUUGCAUUGGAAUGGGAUGCAAUACCAGAAAUACAUGAAUUACACCAUACUUGUAAUAUUCAGAUUGUACACAAGAUGUCACUAGUGAUGCUCAGUCAUUAAAAGGAAAUUAUUUAUGUGGUUUUGUCCAUGAGAUAUUACCAAUUACAGUGUCCGCUACCAUUGUAUUUUUUUCUCCUUCUCAAUAAAACAGAAUCUCAAGAACAUGGAAGGCACAAAAGUAAAACAUACUUUAAAUUCUUCAUGAUAUUUCUAUUCCUGGAUGCUUGUUUUUAAAAUGCAGACAUUGGUGACAUGCAAUACAUAUAAUAAAUGUGUCACUUUUGCGAUUUAAAGAGACAAUCAGUACUAGUCAAAAGCUUUAAUAAAAUUACACUUUUUAUUGUAUUGUGUAUCCAUCACAUAUAAUUUUAAAACUAAUUUACUAAUGAUUUAUAAUAAAAGUAUUCUAAAUGUUAUAUUCUUCCUACCAUGUGUCAGGCUUCUUAGACAACAGUACACGAUGGGCAUCAUUAAACAUCUAAGCUAAAAGGAGGGGGCAUUGGGGAAAACAUUGUCAGUUUUCUAUUUUAAACAAUCAAGUUAUAUCAUUUUAAUCAUGGCUUACUAGCGCUCUCCAUCUGCAUGAAAUAACCAAGAGAGAGAGUCUGCACUAUUGCCACAAACGUGAGCUGAUAUUUUUUUUUAGCACCUAUCUGCUCUGGUGCUGCUUUCCAAGCCAAGCAAACACUAGAAAACAUUAAAAAACAAAAAUUGUUUUAAAGAAUUUUACUUCAAAAUAACAUUAUCCAAAGGCAGCUACCUACUUUGCAUAAUGGAAACCAUUUCUCAGGUACAAAUAAGUACUUCAUCAAUCUUCUGGUGUCAAAAGGUUUUAACGCAGCUUUAAAUGGAUCUUAAGGAGAGAGAAAAAAAAGUUUACCGGCCGCUUGCAAUUAGCAUCAUGCAGAUUUAAAUAAAGAAGGCAAAAGUGUAAAGUAAAUCUCAUAGAAAGUUUUGGCUGCCACUUUUAUUUGCCUGCUGUGCAUAAGGGGGUGGUGUAUGGUUUGUUUGUGUUUUGCCAUCAGGAUUUGAAUAGCUUUUGAGCCAGUUACUAUUAGGUUCAAUCAGUAAUCUUACCCUGUGAGUUAUUUAGGCAAGCAGACAAUACUUCUACACAUAAUACUUGCAUAUAGUGACAAUACUAAUUGUUAAGCUAUCUAAAUAAUGAUUAGUAUUUCUCUGUGGCUACUCUUCUUAACUAAUCAGUGUUUUAUGCAACAAAUAAAUAAAGAAACAGGGAGGAAUGUGUGUUUUGUUUUGCUAUCUAGUUUAGCAUUUAAAGCAGAGAAUGUCUGUAACAGAUUCUUUCUCUGCAUAAGCUAUUUGGGUCUUUAUGGAUCACACAAGUUCAAGAAGACAAAAUCUUUGCACAAUGUAGUUUAAAUUGUUGUGAUUAUUUUAGAAUUUAAAGAGACACCCAACUUAAAACAUUUUAGCACAGCAUUAAAUGAUUUGUUCCUCGGUAAUGCUACUUCUUACUUCUAGAGGUGUCAAAGCAGUUCUUGUUUAAAAUGCAUGUUGCCAGAAUAACAGUUUUUUGUUGUGAAAAAGCAGAAGGUACAGCCAAUCAAAAGCUGCCCAGCUACCCCAAAGACUUAAGCAAGACGAUGGAUUCAUAUACUCAAAAGUAGAGCAAAAUGAGCAUGCUCGUAAUUGAUCUUACGGGGUGCAGCUUUUAAUUGGCUGUACCACCAGCUUCUCACAAUUACAUAUGAAUUGUAUAUGUCUUUAUUACAUUAUCUACGAUGCUCUUCCUUUUGGCCAAGAAAGUUUAAGUGAAAUUAUAAUAAAUUAUUCUUGUUACAAGGAAGUAUAUGCAUUAAGGAUAGGUGAGUUUUUACUAUGGGGCAUAUGUAUCAAGCUCCGUAGGGAGCUUGAUGCCCCGUGUUUCUGGCGAGCCUGCAGGCUCGCCAGAAACAGCAGUUAUGAAGCAGCGGUCACAAAGACCGCUGCUCCAUAACCUGUCCGCCUGCUCUGAGCAGGCGGACAUACAUCGCCGGAAAUCAACACAAUCGAGUACGAUCGGGUUGAUUGACACCCCCCUGCUGGUGGCCGAUUGACCGCGAGUCUGCAGGGGGAGGCGUUGCACCAGCAGCUCUUGUGAGCUGCUGGUGCAAUGCUGAACACGGCAAGCGUAUUGCUCUCCAUAUUCAGCGAGGUCUGGCGGACCUGAUCCGCAGUGUCGGCUCAGGUCCGCCAGACCUUCAUACAUAUGCCCCUAUGUCUUUUUUAUUGUGUAGAUGCCCCUUUUAGUAUCUUUUCUGUAAACUGUUGCAGUUAAAUUUGCAUCUAUUAUGAGCGCUACAUGGACAAAUAAUAUAUGAAUGUGUGUUUUGUUGUUUUUUCAAUUAUUUUAUAUAUAAUCAUAAAAAAAAUUGUAUUUUCAGCCCAUAUAUGGAUACAUUAAUAUAAUUAACAUUAUUUGCUGUAAAAAAAAAAGUCCUAAAACUGCCAAGUUAUGGUUAUAUUCAGCACAAAAAUAUGUAGAGAAGAGAGCAUAUAUAUAUAAAUAUAUAUAUUAUAUAAAUGUAUAGAUAUAUUUAUUUUAUCAUCCAGAAAAUAUAUUUGUAAGCAAUAAAUGUUACAUUGUGCAUGGUGGCAUGUGGGGUUGAUGUUGGUAUUGCCCCAUUCAUUGUUACUUUAGUGUUUUUUUGUUUGUUUUUAACAGGUAGACUGCAUCUUAUUUAAAGGCCAAGCACCAUAUCUAGAAAACUGUAUACAAAUCCCAGUUCAUUAACAGUCUUUCUAAAGCAAAUGUUUGCCACAGAUUUCUUCGUUUUAUUGUAUUUCCUUCUGGCAUUAUGUAAGGUAAAUGCUAGUUCUUUAAAGUAAGUCUACUCAUUAAAGAAUGACCAACAGCAUUACAUACAAUGGGGCCGAAUUAUCAAGCUCCGAUGGCCGUAAACGGCAGUUAUGAAGCAGCAGUCGUUAGACCGCUGCUCCAUAUUUGGUCCGCCUGCUCUGAGGCUGCGGACAUCAAUCCGCCCGAUCGUAUACGAUUGGGCUGAUUGGCACCCCCUGCUAGCGGCCAAUUGGAUGCAAAUCUGCAGGGGGUGGUAUUGCACAAGCAGUUCACAAGAACUGCUUGUUCAAUGAAAAAUGCAGAUAGCGUAUGCUGUCUGUAUUUAUCGAUAUCUGUCGGACAUGAUCCGCUGAGCGGAUCAUGUCGGACAGACUGAUGAUAAAUCGUCCCCAAUGUGUGUAUAGGGUUGGAAUUUGUUUCCUCAGUGUAUGGCAUUGUAUGAGCUAACUGUGACCCUUCUUGUCACCUACUAAUUGUUCUUAGUAAGCCAUGCAAUAAUAAAUACAAAAUGAACGUGAAUGAUUAAAAUAAAGUAGUACAGUUGUUUAAACCCCAUUGCUCAUACAAAACUCUCAGCCUUUAAGUUUAUUGGCUGUUGCAGACAAUAACUUCUAAAAGGAACAAUGUUUUGUUAAUGCUUUAAACACUCUUUAAUUAAAGAAAGUGUAGUUAUAGAACUUAAAGGGAUAGAAAAGUCAAAAUUUAUCUUGCAUGAUUCAGAUAGAACAUGUAAUUUUAAGACACUUUUAAAUUGACUUAUAUUUUCAAAUGUGCUUCGUUCUCUUGGUAUCCCAUGUUGAAAAAGAAUACGCACAUAUCUUACACAAGUGGGAGCUAUCUGCUGAUUGGUGCCUGCACACAUUUGUCUCAUGUGAUUGGCUAACUAGAUAUGUUCAUGUAACUGCCAGUAGUGCAGUGCUGUUUCUUCAGCAAAGGAUAACAAGAGAAUGAUGCACAUUUGAUAAUAGAAGUAAAUCGGAAAGUUGUUUAAAAGUUUUGGGGUUUCCUGUCCUUUUAAGAUUCAUUUUGCGAAUUGUGCUUACAGGCAUUUGUUAGAGCCAUUUCUCAGUCAAGACCCACUGUGCAAUCUUGGGGCCUAUGUGCUAUUUCUAAAACCUUCUAAAAUCUGAUAACUCUUUUUCUAAGACGUCAUGUGUUGCAGACAAUAACUUCUAAAAUUCAUGACUUUUUACGGAUAUUGAGUAUAUGCCUGGUGCUGUUGGGUUUUUGUAUCUGGAUAUCAUUUUCAAGACACAUUUUUAAAGCUAUAAUCUCUCAGAAGUUGUGUGAUUUUAUAAACUGCCCUACUUCCUCCUUAAGGUUUCCUUAAUCCUGGUUCUUCAUGUUUUAGUGUAAUGUUAGAAUAAUUGGUAUUCUAUAUUUUUACACAAGGUCAAAAAAUUUUUUUUAUUCUGUAUGAAAUUGCCAACAUUUGCUGACCUUCGUAUACAAGCACAAAUGUAUUAAUCUGAGAGCUUGGUUGGAAUGCUAGAUCAACUUUUUUUUACAAAAAUAUAAGCCUUUGCUCUUAUAGUGCUGUUAAUUGACACAAAGCUGGGUAGUUUUGUUUGUUUUGGGGGGGUUUAAAACCACUUGAGAAUACAUUUUAUUAGUAUAGCUAAAAUCUACAGUUUUUAGCAAAACCUUUCUAUUUUAUGCCAGUAUUCAUGAACUUAAAUAAAUACGUUUUGACAAUCAGUUGUAAAUAAAUAUUUUUUUUUCUUAGCAAAGCUGUCUGAAUUAGCCAUGAACAAUUAAGUGUCUUAAAUGUAUAUGACACAGUCUGAUAUCCUUUAUUUAAUUGCAAUGGAAUUUACUUCGGUGUUAUUACCAUCUGUUAUCUGUGAUAUAUCCAGAUCUACUUCAGAAUAUUCCAUAUACAAUGAGCUAGAGGGUGUGAUUAUUUUUAUAGCAGACAAGCUAAGUUGCCACUUAAUUCAUGUCAAACAGGGUGUAUCUAUAGCCAAUCAUUUUGUAAUGACCAGAGCAAUUUGGGUUAUAUAUGAAGAAUGAUUGUUUAAUAUAAACAGAUGAUUGGAACCCAUAAUUUAUAAUCUCAUCCUCGCAUGUGUAAGAGUCUCACAAUAUCUGCAUGGACAUAGAGAGAUACUCCUCUGCAAGCCUGAGAAUUUGUUGUCAGCAGAAGGUCUUUAAAAAAUGUCCCUCAUUUUAAAAUAUAUUUUUUAACAUGGAACAAAGAGCACAUUUUGGCAAUUGAAGGGAACUGGAAAGCAUAUCUCUGUAUUACAAAUAACAAUACUGUUCAAAAUGUAUGAUUCUGUGGGUGUAUGUGUAUAUAUAUAUAUAUAUAUAUAUAUAUAGAGAGAGAGAGAGAGAGAGAUAGGCCCCAUUGGCUUUUCAAAAUUGCAGAUACUUUCCCAAGUGUAAAUGUGAAAGUUGUCGCAAUCAGCCAGUGAGCAGGAGUACUGCAGUAUUAACGGUAGUUUACACUCACACUUUUAAAUUCAACAUUAUCCAGCUUUUGUAACCAUUUUCAUGCAGUAAUAUAUCUUAACAUGUAACUUCUGUUUUUUCAUUUUCACAGUAAAACAAUUGCUUUCCAUGUUCCUUUAACCGUGUAACAAAUAUUGUUUAGGGAAUAUGAUUUUUCUCUCAUUUUUGCCGGAGAUGCAAGUAGUGAUAUAUACAACUGAAUUAAGUAUGUGAUAGACUAGGAUUCAUUCAUAUCAUAGAUCAAUUUGAUUGGUUUCUUGUCAGGAGGAAAUAGAGGUAAUACAAAAACACAGGGGUGGGUUGAAUACUUUUUUUUUUUAAUUUAUUUAUUUAUUGUUCUUUAUAUAAUGUAGUCACUAAAGUAAAAAGAGAUAUUAUUUUGGGGAAAAUGUGUAGAUUAUCUGUGUAUUAAAAGAGUUUAAGAACAAGAGAUAUAAGAUAUGAUAGUUGGUCUAAUAUAUAUUUUUACUAAAUUUGUACUCAGUGGCUCUAUUGAAAUAAAAAUAAAUUAGCUAAAUCUGUGUUUCUCAACAAAUUUUAUUGCAAAUAAAUUCUAUUUUUGUAUACAUAGGACAGCAAGCAGCUUAGUAAUAUGAUGUGAAUUUUAUUUUUUACUUUUUUUUUUAGGCAGAUAAGGAAGUUGCUAUUGAAGUAAAGAUGAAUGUCAUCCAAAUAAUGUUUUUUUUUAGAGUAAAGUAUAUUUAAAUUAUCCUUAACAUAGAGUAACUUUAUAUCUGCAUAAUGGAUUGAUGGAAUCCAUACAAUACAUUGAAAUGCACUUCUAAAAUCUGUAGUACUUUUUGCAUUUAAGUAUCUUUUUCAUUUAUAUAUAUAUAUAUAAAACAGAGGCCUAGCAAUAAAUCCGGGGGUUGGUGUUUGAAAACCUGCUUUGGAGAAUCAUGAAUCCGGGGUUAGAAUUGUAGAUAACAAGACUUACUCAUUAAACAUCAAUAACAUCUUUCCUAAGAUUUUACUAUACCUGUAAGUCGUUAUGAAAAAUUGGUAUAUCGUAUUAAAAAAAAUUAGUAUUAAUUUCAGAGAUCGGUCUCGCCCAACCGAGAGACGGAAAACAUUUGAUGCAUUCAAAUGUUCCGUUUUAAAUUUUAAUUUGUUAUUUUGUACUAAUCAAUGUUAAUAUUUCAUAAAUAAGUCCAAAUGUCUGGUUUAAAGACAUAUCUCUAAUUUGAUAGUAUUACAGGCCACCCACUCAUUUUGUCUCUAUUUAUAUAUGUGCGGACGGACAUGAUCCGCUAUAGCGAAAGAUGUCCGCCGCAUAUCGAUAAAUGCUGACAGCAUACGCUGUCGGCAUUUAUCAUUGCACCAGCAGUUCUUGUGAACUGCUGGUGCAAUACCGCCCCCUGCAGAUUCGCGGCCAAUCAGCCGCUAGCAGGGGGUGUCAAUCAGCCUGAUCGGGCGGAUUGCUAUACGCCGCCUAAGAGGCCGCGUAUGAGUUUAGGAGCAGUGGUCUUAAGACUGCUGCUUCUUAACUCCUGUUUCCGGCAAGCCCGAAAGCUUGCACGGAAACAUGGGGAACAGGGGCCAUUUCGGCCCUUGUUAAAUAGACCCCAUUGUAUCUAGUGGAUGAUCACAUCUAUAAGUUUAUAUCAAGUCACAAUGAAGAUAUUUUUGAUAAAUAUGUGCAUACUUCAUUCUUGAACUUAUUCUAAGCCAUGUUUCAGAAGUGACAUUUGUCUACAUAAAAUUUCCUAAUUGAGUAUUUGAUGAAUAAAAACAGAUUAUGAGUUUUUGUCUUUUUUUUAAUCUGAUAUUGGCACAAAAGUUUGUACUGUGUGUACAAUGUGUAUUGAUUAUACUAAAAGUUGUUUGGAUAAGUUAUGGUACUACUCGCAUAAGAAUAUUUUUUUUUAAUUUAGAAGAUGUUUAAUAUAUUUGUUAAACCCAACCAGCACUGGAGGGGCACAAAACAUUGAAUGAUGCCUCUAUGGUACUGAAAAGAUUAUUGAUAUAAAUGAAUUACCAAUUUUGAAAAUGAAUUUAUUUUUAUUUCUGAAUUUUGUUUCCUACACAUAAAACUAAAAAAAAGAAGUGAUUUUUAAAGUCCGGAUAAAGAGUAUAUUUUUGGAACUGAGCCACAAUACAGUGAUCUGUAUGACCUGUUGCAAACAAAUGUUUUGUUAGAGUUUAUCCACUAAUAUAAACUGAUUUUGCACACUAUUAAUAUAUAAAGGUAAAUGAUUUAUUUUGUAUAUUUCCAUUUCCACUUCCUUUUUGUCUUCUUAGACAUUUUCCUCAUUGUGUUCAGCACCUUUUGCCUGGCUGUUGUAGUUCUUUGAUCACAAAAAAAAAAAUCAAAACAUUUUUUUUUUUUUAAAACAAUUUCAAUAUUCCAGAUAUGCUUGAGAUUAAAAAAUAAAUAAAAGUUGGUAUGUAUGUAUGUUUACUUUUUUUUUUUUUUCUUGGUCAGAACCUGUUUUAAUGGAGAUUUUUAAAAGCUGUUUACAAUUGUAAAGAAAAAAAUAAAUACUAAAAAAUAAAAUAAAAACUUCAAAUGUA